AUGACAGGCGUACUGUCUCCCACGGCUCUCCACCCAGCUCUUGGCAGCCCCCGAGACAACGGGUAUUGCUUGUCUCCUGCUCGCUCUUCCCAUUCACCUGUCCUUAAUAAGAGGAGCACACUCGCCGAUACAGGUUUUAGCUCGGACACUGUUCAGACCACACAAUUAGAAGUUGAGCAGCCAAGUGUGUUCUCAACAUUGUCCCCAUCUCCUUUGUCGUUGUCAGUCUCGGAUCGUUUAAAACCUCAAACUCUCCUGGAAGAUUGUGGAGCCUCUACUUUGUCAUCUGCCCCAAAAGAUACAACUUCAUUGAGCUCGCCCUCUUCACAAUCUUCCACUCUACCAUUACCCUCAUCAACUGCAGAUCAUCCAGCUUCGUCUUCUUCAACUCAGAAAGACGCACUUCGGUCUAGUUCUGGCCCGAGGGCUUUGGCUUCGGUGGUCCGACACAACAAACCCGACGCUUUGUCACUCGCACUCCCACACACAAACAUGCCUUCUCUUCGCCAGACGGAACCUUCAGAGUCGAACUCUCCACCAGCUUCUUCGGCCGGUCCUCUACCUGGCUUCACGAGUGUGUCCAAGAACUCUGCCGCUGCCACGCCCUCGCAAAGCCUAACUGAUGCCCUCAAUGACCUCGCAAAGUCUCGCUUAACCACGGGCGCCAUCAACACACCCAAUACCGCCCGGACUUACACUUCCACCUCUAGCAAUGACACAACUUCAUCUGAUAUGGCCGCUACCAUUCUCGCCUCAACUUUGCAGUCGCCAUGUUUCUACCAUCAGCGAUUUGCCGACGCUGUCGACAUCGGCAAGGUCCUCGAGGAAAUCAAGAAUGAUGUUUCCAUGUCACAUUCGCGUCUUGUCGCGACUGCAACUGGUGUUCGCGAGGUUUCCAAGCAGCUUCAGCGUCGUCCCAUCAAGCGCGCAGUCCGCAACAUCAUGAUUGUCACCAAGGCACGCGACAACCAGCUCGUCUAUCUUACUCGCGAGCUUGCCGGGUGGCUUCUGCGGACCCCCCGUUAUGGCUCCGACCUCGGCGUCAACGUCUACGUCGAUGCUAAGCUUCGCAACUCACGACGUUUCGACUCAUCUGGUCUCCUUGCCGAGAACCCGCGCUUCCAGCACAUGCUCAAGUACUGGACACCCGAUUUGUGCUGGAGCCAGCCUGAGAAGUUCGAUCUUGUCUUGACUCUUGGUGGCGAUGGUACCGUCCUCUUCACCUCAUGGCUCUUCCAGCGCAUUGUACCUCCGGUGCUCUCAUUCAGUCUGGGAAGUCUAGGUUUCAUGACCACAUUUGAGUUUGAGAAGUACAAAGAACAUCUCAACAGAGUCAUGGGUGAUGAUGGCAUGAAGAUUAACCUCCGCAUGCGCUUCACGUGUACUGUUCAUCGCAGCAACCGUGGAGCCGGUGCCUUGGACGCACCCAAGCUCGAAGAACCUGAGCAAUUCGAGGUUCUUAACGAACUCGUCAUCGAUCGUGGUCCUUCCCCCUAUGUGUCCAACCUGGAGCUCUAUGGUGAUGAUGAACUCCUCACUGUUGUACAAGCAGAUGGUUGCAUCUUCUCCACCCCAACUGGCUCUACAGCAUAUUCGCUAUCUGCCGGUGGCGCUCUUGUUCACCCUGACAUUCCUGCCAUCCUUCUUACACCCAUCUGCCCUCAUACCCUAUCGUUCCGACCCAUGGUCCUUUCUGAUACCAUGGCUCUUCGAGUUGUUGUUCCUCGUAAUUCCCGAGCCACUGCCUAUUGCGCUUUUGAUGGCAAGGGUCGACUCGAGCUGCGACAAGGUGACCACGUCACAAUCACUGCCUCUCAGUACCCCUUCCCUACUGUGACACGCACCGAUACAGAGUGGUUUGACAGCGUGAGCCGUACUCUUCGCUGGAACGUUAGAGCUUCCGCACAGAAGCCUUUCGAUGCCGACACCGGAGAUAGUUGCAACGAUGAUGACGAUAUCGGUUGGGACAUUGACACCGAUAGUGCAUGCUACGCAAGUGAAGAUGGGAGUGUCAGUGCCAGCCCCAUCCGUCGGCAGAUGAGCCUUUUGGGUAUGUGA